AUGAAACCUUCUCAAGAACUUAUAUUAACUGUGUGUAUACUGUGUCUGGUGAAUGUGGUCAGUUCUGGAUUUCCAGUUCGUUCAACUCACACAAGCCAGACAACAAGCAAAAUAACAAGCAAAACAACAAGCCAGACAACAAGACAGACAGCAAGCCAGACAACUUUCCGUACUCCUGCAGCAGAAUGUCUGGACAAGAUACCCGACUGCCAAGUGUAUGGUCAGGGCGCCUGUUCUGGAGAUUACGAGACGUGGGCUCGUCAGAACUGUGCAGCGACUUGCGGGUUUUGUAUACCUGUGACGACCCAACCUCCACCUUGUACGGACUUCUUAGACAACUGUGAGAGCUAUGGGAAAACCACAUGUGAAACUGCUGAAUACGUUUCCUGGGCACUAACAAACUGCAGAGCAUACUGUCGCUUCUGUACAGCCGCACAACUUACAGAGCUUGACGCACGGAAAACGACCAUUCCGCCCGAAUUAUGCCUGGACAAGCUCGACUGUGAUAUGUACGGAGAUUAUAUCUGUAAGGACAAAGACUACGCCGGAUGGGCCACAACCAACUGUCCGCUCUACUGUGGCUUUUGUAAAGGCAUACCGACUCCUCCAAAACCUUGCGUGGACACACAGCCAGACUGUCCCCUCUAUGGGAGUGACGUGUGCAGCAACCCGGAAUACACAACCUGGGUCAAGGAUCACUGUGCGAAGUUCUGUGGGCUCUGCGGUAACUAG